AACACACGAAGUUAUUGUAUGUACUAUAUGAAUUUCAGUCUGAUUCAACGAGAUAACAUUGUUUUCUUCAUAUCAACCAUUUCAGAUAUACUUCUCUAUCUAGUCUAUUGAUACCGGUCAUCGUGCUUUCCAAAUUCUGCGACUGUCAGGAUAUCUGCGAAAACCCUGAAUUAGCGAAAUAUGAAAAUGUGAUUUCAGAAAACGGUUCGUAUAAAUAUGUAAGUAUACAGUCAGAUUCUAAUGCACAUACACAGUCUCAUUAUCAUUACUCACGAACAAUACGUCACAAUCAGCCGUAUCCAGUUGUUAGUGACAGUUUUAAAAAAAUUAGUACUGAUCAGAAUGUUACACCGAAAUUUUCGUUUAAAUUUUACGGUAAUAACGUCACUAGAUUUGAGAUUUCUCGUGAUGGCUACAUAAGAGUAUUCACAGAAAAAGACAUCGGAGUGAUACAUAAUACUAUUAUGAGCAAACUUUAUCGUGAAUGUGAGAUGGUAGACAACAAUGAUUUCAUUGCUGUCAAUUGGUAUUUUCGGAUGCUUCAUGACGGUACAACUCCUAUAUCCAAGAUAACUAGUGUGAUACAUUCCGGUGGGAAGAUAUCCCUCUAUUAUGAGAACAUCCCCACGGAUAAAGAGGAAAGUCCACUGACCUCCACUAUUCAAUUUGUAAUUCACUGCGGAAAAACGUUGGAAGAUGAGAUAUUAACUCAAAUAAUAACUCCUCCACAAUGGAUAACAAGCGACACGUUAGCGGAGUUUGAACCUAUCGAGAAUGUGAGAAAACCUGAAAUAACAACUCCUGCAGGAUGGAUGACAAGUGACACGUCAGUGGAGCCUAUACCUAUCGAGAUAAGUUGUUCAAAACACGAUUCCAUUGAAAAAUGCCAAAAUGCGACAACAUCAAGUGUGAAAUGUAUCUGGUAUGAAAAAGCUCAUAUAUGCAUUAACAGCGAUGAUAAUGAUGUUAAAGACACCACUUCAGAAAUAAAUGGAGACAGUAAACAUGAUGACACACCUCGUUACUUGUAUAUCGUGAUACCAGUAGUCGUCGUCGUCGCUUUCUGUGUCAUAUGCAUCGGUUGUGCUAUUUGGAUGUAUAAGAGAAAGAAGAGUAAUCCAUGAUUUACAGUUAUGUCUUAUCGUUUGUUUUUAUUAUUUUGAUCGAGUUGUUUUAUUCUGUAUUUCAUCCGGAAACUUCUUUAUAUUCUGUUAACCGUUUCAAUUAUUUGAACAAGUUUUAUACCAUUUUCUGUUUAUUAACGUAUCGACUGAAGUCAUUCUGGUGAUUAAAUAACUGAAAUAUUUACGUGAAUUUAUUUUUCAUUGAAUAAAAGCUGAAUUAUAUUA